CUUUAGCCCUUUGAUUUUUUUUGGCAUGCUUAUGAAUUUGCUUUUCGUUUUUAAAGACCCCCUAUAGAUUUGUGUAGAUGUGGUUGAAGUCACAGAUACCAUAUUCUUCAUCUUUAUAAUGCAAGUUUUCUUUCCAGGUAGAAGGACAAGAAAAUAAUGAGCCAAUGCCAUAGAAACGCAAAGGGUUAAAGGUUUUUCUUUUACUUUUGUUUUGGGUACUCUUGGUAUACUUUGAACAAAUGUAUUUUUCUGCUCAAAAUACUUUCAAAUUAUUGCAAGUUUUUAUUCCAAAUUCUAUAGCUUUGGAUUGUUACUUUUGAGAAACUGUUUCUCACACUAGAGUCCCCUCAUAUUGUUAUAGCUUAGUAAAUGCACCUACUUUGCUCUAUGCAAGUUUGUAGUUAAAACAAAAGUUAUAUACAAAGACUUUGGUGUUUCUAAUAGUUGGAGUCUGUUGUGCUAAUUGUAGUGUGCAAGGGGCAUAGUGAACCUGAUGGAAGCUUUCCUCGGGUGAGUGAGUCCCACCAUCCAAACUAAGUGCCUGUUUGUAAAAAUAGAUUCUGCUGCAGGUUUACAAAUUAGAUUUUCAGCCUGCAUGAAUUAAUAGGGAUAUUCUUUUCUUUACUUGCAUAAUUGUAAUUGAUUUAAACAUGUAUGUCAGAAUUCACAGGCCCAUACUAACUGUCCUUAAUUUCUCUCCUACAGCAGUACUGCUAUAUGCCAGUCCUGUCUGCAUUCUUAAGGGUGCAGCUCAACACAGCCUCUCUAGAUUAUGGUGAAAAGUAUUCCAAAGGAAGUCUUAUCAGAGCUAGUGUCAGAAAGUGACACUGCCAAUUGGGCAUGGUCGUCAGCAUAGGAGAUGUCUGAGCAGUUUAUUAUUUUGUCCUAAAUUUUAAUGCUAUACUACUUGUAUAGCUAUUAUCACAUUUCUGAAGCAUAGUGUGCCUUUGUUGAUCUUGUUAUAUACUGUUUGGGCUUCUUUAAGAUAUUUUGCAGUUUGAAAAGCAAAUACUGAAACUUACCAAGAGACUAACACAUCUCUUUGUACACCACUUGUCUUUGUGUUCAUUGUAAUAACUGGUAGAAAUAUAUUAUCUGAAGUAGUAUGUUUCCAGUUGUAAUUGUACUUUCUAAGAAGUAGAAUUAUAUUUUGGGUCAAAAAAAUCUUUAAAAAGCAUGAAGCCCUUUUUAGUAAUGUGACGAGUAAGAUUGUAGGUAUAUUAGAUUUCUCAGUUACGACUGUUUAGAUCACUGUAUGGAGAACUUAUAUAGUCAGUUACUGCAGUCAGGAUUUUAACAGCUUGCAACAGGUAAUGUUUUGAAUAUAAAUAUCUUUCCAAAGUGUUACUAAUGGUAAAGAGAUAAUUUUCUAGGCUUCUAUUCUGCUGCUUGAAGUCAGAACUGCUGAUGGAGACAAAGGCACGAAAGUGAGGGAAGACCCCUGACCCUAAAAUGAAUGCCAGAACUUACAUGGAUGUUAUGCGGGAACAGCAUUUGACUAAGGAAGAGAGAGAAAUUAGGCAACAACUAGCAGAAAAAGCUAAAGCUGGGGAGCUUAAAGUCGUGAAUGGAGCAGCAGCAUCCCAGCCCCCCUCAAAACGAAAACGGCGCUGGGAUCAAACCGCUGACCAGACUCCUGGUGCCACUCCCAAAAAGCUGUCAAGUUGGGAUCAGGCAGAGACCCCUGGACAUACCCCUUCUUUAAGAUGGGAUGAGACACCAGGUCGUGCAAAAGGAAGUGAAACUCCUGGAGCAACCCCAGGUUCAAAAAUAUGGGAUCCUACACCUAGUCACACACCUGCGGGAGCUGCUACUCCUGGACGAGGCGACACACCAGGCCAUGCGACCCCAGGCCACGGUGGUGCAACUUCCAGCGCUCGUAAGAACAGAUGGGAUGAGACCCCCAAAACAGAAAGAGAUACUCCUGGGCAUGGAAGUGGAUGGGCUGAGACACCUCGAACAGAUCGAGGUGGAGACUCUAUCGGUGAGACUCCAACUCCUGGAGCAAGCAAAAGAAAGUCUCGUUGGGAUGAAACGCCAGCUAGUCAGAUGGGUGGAAGCACUCCUGUUCUGACUCCAGGAAAGACACCAAUUGGCACGCCAGCCAUGAACAUGGCUACCCCCACACCAGGUCACAUAAUGAGCAUGACUCCUGAGCAGCUUCAGGCAUGGCGGUGGGAGAGAGAAAUUGAUGAGCGGAACCGCCCACUUUCUGAUGAAGAAUUAGAUGCUAUGUUUCCAGAAGGAUAUAAGGUCCUUCCCCCUCCAGCCGGUUAUGUCCCUAUCCGGACCCCAGCUCGGAAACUGACUGCAACCCCCACGCCUUUGGGCGGCAUGACUGGGUUCCACAUGCAGACGGAAGAUAGAACUAUGAAGAGUGUCAGUGACCAGCCGUCUGGGAACCUUCCCUUCCUGAAACCCGAUGACAUCCAGUACUUUGAUAAGCUGUUGGUUGAUGUCGACGAAUCAACACUUAGUCCAGAGGAGCAAAAGGAGAGAAAAAUAAUGAAGUUGCUUUUAAAAAUUAAGAAUGGUACACCUCCAAUGAGAAAGGCUGCCUUACGUCAGAUUACUGAUAAAGCUCGAGAAUUUGGGGCUGGACCUUUGUUUAACCAGAUUCUUCCUUUGUUGAUGUCUCCUACACUUGAGGAUCAAGAGCGUCAUUUACUCGUGAAAGUUAUUGAUAGAAUAUUGUAUAAACUUGAUGACUUAGUGCGGCCGUAUGUGCACAAGAUUCUUGUGGUUAUUGAACCACUGCUGAUUGAUGAAGAUUACUAUGCUAGAGUGGAAGGCAGAGAAAUUAUUUCUAAUUUGGCAAAGGCCGCUGGUCUGGCUACUAUGAUUUCUACCAUGAGACCUGACAUAGACAACAUGGAUGAGUACGUCCGAAACACAACAGCCAGAGCUUUUGCUGUUGUAGCCUCUGCCCUGGGCAUUCCUUCUCUAUUGCCCUUCUUAAAAGCUGUGUGCAAAAGCAAGAAGUCUUGGCAAGCGAGGCACACUGGCAUCAAGAUUGUGCAGCAGAUUGCUAUUCUUAUGGGCUGUGCUAUCUUGCCACAUCUCAGAAGCUUAGUUGAAAUCAUCGAACAUGGGCUUGUGGAUGAGCAGCAGAAAGUCCGGACCAUCAGUGCUUUGGCCAUUGCUGCUUUGGCUGAAGCAGCAACACCUUAUGGUAUCGAGUCUUUUGAUUCUGUGCUCAAACCUCUAUGGAAGGGCAUCCGCCAACACAGAGGAAAGGGUUUGGCCGCUUUCUUAAAGGCUAUUGGGUAUCUCAUUCCUCUUAUGGAUGCAGAAUAUGCCAACUACUAUACUAGAGAAGUGAUGUUGAUCCUUAUUCGAGAAUUCCAGUCUCCAGAUGAAGAAAUGAAGAAAAUUGUAUUGAAGGUGGUGAAGCAGUGCUGUGGGACGGACGGUGUGGAAGCGAACUACAUUAAAACAGAGAUUCUCCCUCCUUUCUUUAAACACUUCUGGCAGCACAGAAUGGCUUUGGAUAGAAGAAAUUACCGACAGUUAGUUGAUACGACCGUGGAGUUGGCAAACAAAGUAGGGGCAGCAGAAAUUAUAUCUAGGAUUGUGGAUGAUCUGAAAGAUGAAGCCGAACAGUACAGGAAAAUGGUGAUGGAGACAAUCGAGAAGAUCAUGGGCAACCUGGGUGCAGCAGACAUCGACCACAAACUUGAAGAGCAGCUGAUUGAUGGCAUUCUCUAUGCAUUCCAGGAACAGACCACAGAGGAUUCAGUAAUGUUGAAUGGCUUUGGCACAGUAGUUAAUGCUCUUGGCAAACGAGUCAAACCGUACUUGCCUCAGAUCUGUGGUACUGUUUUGUGGCGUUUAAAUAACAAAUCAGCAAAAGUUAGGCAACAGGCCGCUGACUUGAUUUCCCGGACUGCUGUUGUAAUGAAGACUUGUCAAGAGGAAAAACUGAUGGGGCACUUGGGUGUGGUGCUGUAUGAAUAUUUGGGUGAAGAAUACCCUGAAGUAUUGGGCAGCAUUCUCGGAGCGCUGAAGGCUAUUGUUAACGUAAUAGGUAUGCAUAAGAUGACACCACCAAUUAAAGAUCUGCUGCCUAGACUCACCCCCAUCUUAAAGAACAGGCAUGAAAAAGUACAAGAGAACUGUAUCGAUCUCGUUGGACGCAUUGCUGACAGGGGAGCUGAAUAUGUAUCUGCAAGAGAGUGGAUGAGGAUUUGCUUUGAACUUUUAGAGCUCCUAAAAGCACACAAGAAGGCCAUUCGGAGAGCUACUGUCAACACUUUUGGGUACAUUGCAAAGGCCAUCGGCCCUCAUGACGUAUUGGCUACGCUUUUAAACAACCUCAAAGUUCAGGAAAGGCAGAACAGAGUGUGCACCACUGUAGCCAUUGCCAUUGUCGCUGAGACAUGCUCCCCCUUCACAGUGCUCCCUGCCUUAAUGAAUGAGUACAGAGUUCCUGAACUAAACGUUCAAAACGGAGUGCUGAAAUCCCUGUCCUUCUUGUUUGAGUACAUCGGCGAAAUGGGGAAAGACUACAUCUAUGCGGUGACGCCUCUCCUUGAGGAUGCGCUGAUGGACAGGGACCUUGUGCACAGGCAGACAGCUAGCGCAGUGGUACAACACAUGUCACUUGGUGUCUAUGGCUUUGGCUGUGAAGACUCUCUGAAUCACUUACUGAACUAUGUAUGGCCGAAUGUGUUUGAGACAUCACCCCACGUAAUCCAGGCCGUCAUGGGAGCUCUGGAGGGCCUGAGAGUUGCUAUUGGACCAUGCAGAAUGUUGCAGUAUUGCUUACAGGGUCUGUUUCACCCAGCUCGGAAAGUCAGAGAUGUGUACUGGAAAAUUUACAACUCCAUCUACAUCGGCUCCCAGGACGCUCUCAUAGCACAUUACCCAAGGAUCUACAACGAUGAUAAGAACACCUAUAUUCGUUACGAACUUGACUAUAUCUUGUAAUUUUAUCUUGUGUCUAAUACACAGCUGUUUCACACCUUAAACUUGCUUCUGUCUGAUAUAAACUUGUAAAACAUUGCAGAUCAGUGUAGAGCUGGUCAUAGAGGAAGGUAGAGAUCAGUAGCAUGAUUUUGAAAUAACUUUUGUUUUUGAUGUUAAACAGUAAAUGCCAGUAGUGACCAAGGACGCAGUGAUCACACACGCUGUACUGGAGGAUUGACAUUUUUUAUUCAUCUUUAUGAAGAUUUAGAAUUCAUUCCUUGUGUUUAAAGGGAAUGUUUGAGAAAUAAACAUUCGUGUACAAAAUGCUAA